UUUUGAUGCAUGGCGGGCGGUGAGUGGCAAAAUUUCGCCCCCUCAUGAAUUUGGCCUAAAAUUUUCAUAAUUCGAUUGAUUUCCUUCAAAAUUUGGAAGUUUGAGAUCAUCUAGCCAUCAUGGAAAUUACAAGUGCUAAUUUUAAGUCGGUGCUGCCGCAAAUCAGAUCCGCCAUUGAGGAUUCCGUCUUCAUUAGUUUCGACACUGAAUUCACUGGAUUGAACAUCAAAGAUGCACCUUCAGUUGGGCCUUAUGACACUGCACCAGAAGCCUACGAAAAGUUGAGGCAGUCUGCAAAUUUCUCGGUCAUACAGUUUGGUCUCUGCACAUUUCACGAAGAUCCGGACGAUGGCAGACUCACUCACAAGGCCUACAACUUUUACACCAUUCCAACUCAUGAUAAUUUCUUAUGCCAAACUGAUAGCCUGAAAUUUUUGGUCAAUCAUGGCAUGGACUUGAACAAAGUUUUUAAAGAUGGCAUUAUUACGCUGCGAAAGGAGGAUCGUGACGUCAAAGUUGCCUUUUUGGAAGAAAAAUUGAAAGCAGUCAAGGAAAGAGCCUCGAAGCCUCAGGGUAUUAGCCAAAAUUUACAGGCAAGUGAUGGCCAGAAAGAAGUAGUUGCCUCUAUAAAGACCAAAAUCGAAGCAUUCCUGGAAAGUGAUGACGAAGAGCUUGUUCUUGGCAACUUUAACUCAUUCCAACGACUUUUGCUUCACCAGUUAAUUCAAAAUGAUUUUGACAAUAAAGUGUUCCUCCUAACCAAGAGAGGCGAAGGCAGAAAUGUCUCUCUCCACGCGUACAAAGGUGGAGUUGCAGACAAAAUCAAAAGAGAAGAAUCUCAAAUUCAAGAAGAAAUAAUAGAGUUGCAAGGAGAUUGUGGAAUGAGCGCUGUUCUCAGUGCAAUCAAAACUUCGGGAAAAUUGGUGGUUGGUCACAACGUUCUGCUUGAUGUGAUUCACACUGUUCACCAGUUUGUAGACAACCUUCCCGAAGACAUGAAAAGCUUCAAACGCUUAGUUUCUUAUACCUUUCCCAGGAUCAUUGACACAAAAACUUUGGCCACGCAAACUGUGCUGGUUGACAAGUUGGAAACCUCCACUUUAGAGCCUAUGGUCAAAUGUCUCCAAGAACCACCAUUCCAGCUUAUUGAUGCUCCUCCUGUUACUGGAUCACAAGGCUAUUCUCUGGACGGGGGUCUUGCUCAUGAGGCUGGCUUCGAUGCUUAUCUCACAGGUCUCUGCUUUGCAACAAUGGUCAAAUACUUGGACAAGGACAAUGAAAACUUUAGAAUCAAGACUGUUUCGCCAAAAGUUCUUGAAGCCCACAUUAACAAACUUCCCUAUGUGUUCUACGGUGAUCUCCCUGGUUUCUUUGAUCUCAACAAAGAUGAACCUAUCGUGAAUCGAGAUCACGUCUUCCACAUGCAAGUUCCUACCCAUUGGAAUACUGGUGACAUAUCUAAACUCUACAGCCCAUUCGGUGGUGUAAAAAUCUCAUGGAUCAACAACAAGGAGUGUUUGGUGGAACUUUUUAAGAAGGGCGAAGCCAAGAAAGUCAAAAGUGUGAUUGGCAAGUCAUCUACUUCCAAGAACUUUACCCUUCAAACCCUUGCAAGCUACAAGCAAGAGACCAAAAGUGAAAACAAACGUAGACGAGGAGACUCUGAAAGGGGCUCCGACAGACAGGCCAGCAAGAAGCAGAAGGGUGAGGAAGAAAAUAGUGCUACUCCAAGAGCAGCAAGUCCUUUUGAAAGUGCUCCAUGGAGUGAUGCAAGCAGUGAAAAUGAAGAUGACAAGUCAAUGUCGAGUAGCUAAUUUUAUUAUAUUUAAUUUUCUAUGUGUACUAAAUCAUUUUAGACUUCUCUGAGACAGUAUUCUUUUUAUACGUUUUGCUAAAAACUGUGCUGUUUAAUUUUUAGCGAUAGCAAUUAUUUAAGUUGGCUAUCCUGCGUGUUAUUGUGUCCAGUCCACUGAAGGUGAACGCAAACAACAUGAAUAUAUCUUUCUAGUUUCCUCAA